AUGAAAAACCAAUUCAACAUCCUUCCAUUGGCCGACCGAGAGCAAAACAAAAAGGUUCAGUCGAUUUUGGAAAAGAAGUACGAUUCCGCAAACAAUAAAAAAGUCACUCUAAACGAACGGUUCGCAGUCAAUGGUGUGUUCUGUUCUACAUCACGAAAAGUUUAUUUUUCAAAUUUUCAGAGAAAGGCUACUUUCUACACGCGACCAAAUCUUAUCGCAACCUCGGCGAUCCAGCAAUUUUCUACAAAAUUGACGACAGAAAUUUGGUUUCCAAAAAAGAUUUUAUCGAAGUGCGUGCCAUACACCUUCUAAAAUUUGAUUUUUUUUUCAGAGUUAUCUUGCAAAAGCUUCUCAAACCCUAUUUUCUUCCAAAACGGAAGAAGAUAAAGAGAAUGUGCGAGGAACCGUCAAAAAUACUAAUAAUAAGUCGUUAACUGAGAAAUCGCUCAAUUCUGAGGAUUAUGCCCGUGAUGUUGCAGCUAA